ACAAAAAGCAGGAAGCAGACAGAGCCCCGUGUGCGGUUAGCUCGGAGCUAAAGCUAAAAACACUUUGUUAAAAUGUCCAAAGGCCAAACGCUGAGAGCUUUGGUGAAUGAGCGGCUGACUGCGGCUGCUGAAGAGAUCUUUGCGCUGUUUGAAAGAACGAUAGCGGAGUAUGAGGAGGAACUGUGUCGCUCCAAAGAGGAGAACCAGAGGAACCAGGACACUCAGACUUCACGGAUUAAAGAGGAGCCAGAGGAGCCACAGGAGCCACAAGAACAGAGCGUCAAACAGGAGGAAGACACAGCACAGUUGAGACCAGCGACCCAUACGACACGGCAAAGUGAACCGGCCCAGUGCACUAAUAGCUUGCUGGUGAAAGUGUCGUUCCGAGGAGUCAAACGGCUUGUCCCGGUGGCUCGUAUCAGUGGCUCCUAUUACUUUCCUGCUUUUCUUCAAGAAGUGGCCCACAGAUUCCGUUUGUCCGAACCACUGGACAAACUGUGUGUGACGGACGAGACGGGGACUGAGGUUGAUGAGGACGUGUUUGACGACCUGCUGCGGUCAGGGGUCCAACAACUCGUGGUCCACUGCCCCUGGCCUAUCACAGAUGACACCUCUGUGACCCUGGACUUCGCUGGUGCAGAUUCUCUCAUGUCUCCGACUCCGUCACUGCUGGAAAACAUUACAUCACUUUUGUCUAAUGAGCCCGCCGUCGUACAGCCUGCCCCGAAGAAGAGAAAGGAGCCGCCCACAGACAUGGACCGCACUGAAGCCCAACAGACUGUUCUAAGUGCUCUGAAGUCUCAUCCUAAAGGAAGUAGUAUACUACGAGAGUACUGCAAAACCAAAAGGCUGUCGGACAGAACACGUCGGCUGAUGGUCAACAUCCUGGUCACUGCGAUGACCGAGUCGUACGGAAAACAGCCUCCACGAAGCAUCAGGACGGCGUUCGCCAGAGGCAUCGUGGCCUUGUUUCCAAAUCUACAAGACCCGUUCUCCAGGAGCGGAUUUGAGCACUUUUACGAUCCCGUCGGAAACAGCGGGUACCUGGCGUGGAGGCUCAAGACCGUCCAGCGUAAAACCUCUGAGUACAGACGGAUCAAAAAAACACAACCCCUACAGCUCCAGUGCAGCCCCACCACUCUGCGGAUCCCCCUAGUGUCUGAAGACCAGCUCUAUGGAGAGGCGUGCACACAGGCCCUUUCAGAGCUCACACAGUCCAGGGACAGAGUUGUGGUCAGAGACACGAUGAAGGCCACGUUUAAAUACAGACAGGAAGCGCUCCGCAACCGACAGGAAGUCUCCGUCUUUGACUCGUUCCCUCGUUUCCUGGAUACGCCUGGAUUAAUAGAACAAGACUUCUCCCUGCUGUUUGGUGAGGAGAUUUCGGUAAAGUUUAUUUCCAAGUGGCCUCUGCUCUUCAAGCCCAAAGUGAUUUCCGAAUGCCAAAAGAUUCCAAACCUGUACACCUGCGAACUGCUGUCCUCCCUGAACUCCUGCCCCGAGAGUGACCAGUGCUGGGACAGUGAUGUCACGUCUCUCCUGCUGCUGCUCCAUCUUCUUCCUCCGACUCCGAAAGGACCAAAGAAAAUGACCAAGAUCAGCUCUGCUCAGGCGGCCGGACGCCUCUUCAAAUUCGUGAAAAAGGGCAGAAGUGUGUCCUCGUUCCUGGAGACGGUGGAGCAGAGGCAUCCGUUCCUCCUCUGUGUUGGAGAGCAGAAGAAGCAGAUAGAGACGUUCUUUGUGGUUGUGGACCAAACAGCCAUACCCUGUGCCGCGGAGACGACUUUAGCUGCGUUUGACACUCUCUUUAAAGCUCACUACGUCUUCUGCGUCCCCUACGACCCAGCGCUGGUGGGCUUCUACACGUUCAUCCAAACCACCGUCUACAACAUCGACGUAGGACUUACAAAGGAAACGCCACGGGUCAGAGAGCUACGGGCGCGGAUUUUACAAGAAAACGUUCUCUGAAACCAAAGUGACACAAUGAACCAUGUCAGAACUGAAGAAGCCUCUUGGAUGAGCCUCACUUUUACUUGUUCCAUUUUGAAAUGCAUUAUGUCAUCGUUUAUGUCGCUUUUGCCAGAAUUGUUUUGUUUUUUAGUGGUCUCCUUGGGGAUGUUCUUACUUCAGACAGUUCCACAGUUUGGCAUUAAACAUAAGAUUAAUUAAUUAAUUAAUUUAAUGCUAAUAAAAAUAUACGUUGUUU